AUGGUCACCGUUGCAGUGGCCGGUGGGGGGAGCGGAAUAGGAUUAGACAUUGUCCAAGCCGUCCUUGACGCAAAGAAACACGACGUGAUUGUUCUUUCACGGUCAGACCAGCCACACCUGUCAUCUCAAGGAGCUGAUGUCCGCGUUGUUGGUUAUGGAUCGGCCGAAGAUGUCAGGGAAUCACUGAGAGGAGUGCACACAGUGAUCAGCUGCAUUGCUGCAUAUGGAAGUAACUCGACCACCUCUGAGCUGGCCCUCUUGGAAGCUGCGAAACAAGCGGGUGUGGCUCGUUUUGUGCCGUCGGAAUGGAAUAGUGACUGCUAUGAUGUUGUCGAUCUCUACUCUGGCAAGGGUAUUGUUUGGAAAGCCGUCCAGUCUUCAGGGCUAGAAUAUACUCGGUUUAUUAAUGGUCUCUGGAUGAACGUAUUCGGGCCCGGCUGCGUCAGGGAUGAAGAGGAAGCUCUUGGGGCUUAUAAAGGGCGCCCACCAUUUGCUAUUGACUUGAAAGCGGGCACGGCGAUAAUUACAGGCGAUGCGUCUCAGAUGGUGGUAAUCUCAAAAACGCAAGAUAUUGGCCGGUUUGUGGCUGCUGCCCUUGAUCUACCUAAAUGGGAACCUGAGAGCAGGAUUGUUGGUGACAGAAUCACGUUUACUGAGGUUGCUGAGCUGGCGAAAUCGAGAUGUGGAAGAGACAUUCAAAUUAAGGUCAUGCCGACUGAGAAUCUUAAAGGACUUCUGCGAGGUAACAUGAGCAGUGAUGAAAGAUUCUAUUAUCAACUCCUUUUGGCAAUUGCCACUGGCCGGAUGGACUUUUAG